GGCCGGACGUGCCGCUCCGCCCCGGGGCCGAGCGCGCCGCGGGCUCCGCGCACCGAACAUGGCAGCGGCUGAGGCGGCCGAGGCCGCGCUGCAGCGGCGGCAGGAGGACGAGGAGGAGGAGGAGAAGGAGGAGAACGGGAACCAUAACCAUAACCAUAACCAUGGAGGCGGCGGCGACGCGGCGGCGCUCAAUGGUGUGGUUGUCUCUGACAAAGUGAAAAGCAACAACCUGGAUGUGAAAAUUCCCGAGUCAGAAUUGGAAACCGAAGAAAAAGGAACGGAGGAAGAACCUACAAGGGAAUCAGAUGGCAACAUUUUGGAUGUAUCCUCUGAUUUUCCACGAGACAAACAUAUUUCAAUUCAAAGACACCUGGCUGAUCUGGAGAAACUGGCUGACCUGAGAGAAGACAAAAAGAAACCUUGUCCAUUGUGUCCUGAGGAGAAAUUCAAAGCUUGUUAUAGUCAUAAACUCCAUCGUCACCUUCAGAACUUGCACUGGAAAGUUUCUGUUGAGUUCAAAGGGUACAGGAUGUGCAUCUGUCACUUACCUUGUCGUCCAGUCAAACCAAACCUCGCUGGAGACCAGACCUUGUCAAAGAUGGGAGCCCAUUACCACUGUAUCAUCUGCUCAGCAACUAUCACCCGAAGGACUGACAUGAUAGGUCACAUUAACAGGCAUGUGAACAAGGGAGAGACUGAGUCAAGGUUUAUUACAGUUCGUGCUCCCACAAACGAAGUGAUCAAAGAGUCAGCCACGGAUGUGCAGGUUCUUCCCAACCACUCCACACCCCAGAAAACAGAUUCCUAUUUUAAUCCCAAAAUGAAACUCAACAGGCAGUUGAUCUUCUGUGCACUGGCCGUGCUGGCUGAGGAGCGUAAACCCAUUGAGUGUUUGGAUGCUUUUGGGGCCACUGGUAUAAUGGGACUGCAGUGGGCAAAGCACCUCAGGAGUUCUGUGAAAGUUACAAUUAAUGAUUGUAACGAGAAUUCCGUGAAAAUCAUCAAGGAAAACUGUCAUUUAAACAAAAUGAAGGUGAAGCUGAACAUGAAGGAAGGAGACAGUGAUGGAACUGUGGGAGAUGGAGAAGAAAACACUGACACCAUUGAGGUGACCAAAAUGGAUGCCAAUGUUAUCAUGCAUUUGAGAUCAUUUGAUUUCAUCCACUUGGACCCUUUUGGAACUUCAGUGAAUUACCUGGAUUCUGCCUUUAGGAAUGUGAGAAACCUUGGGAUUGUGUCCUUGACAUCCACAGACAUCAGCUCUCUGUAUGCAAAGGCUCAGCACGUCGCCCUGCGCCACUAUGGGUGCAACAUUGUCAGGACAGAGUACUACAAGGAGCUGGCAGCCAGGAUUGUCAUUGCUGCUGUCACCAGAGCUGCAGCUCGCUGUAACAAAGGCAUUGAGGUGUUGCUGGCAGUGGCUCUGGAGCACUUUGUCCUGGUGGUGGUCAGAGUUCUGAGGGGCCCAUCCACUGCAGACGACUCCGCAAAGAAAAUCCGGUACCUCAUCCACUGCCAGUGGUGUGAAGAGAGGAUUUUUCAAAAAGAGGGUAAUAUGAUAGAAGAGAACCCUUACCAGCAGCUGCCCUGUGACUGCCAUGGCAGCAUGCCCGGGAGGACAGCCGUGGUCCUGGGGCCUCUCUGGUCAGGGAGCCUCUUUAACACUGGAUUCCUCAGGAGAAUGCUGUUGGAGGCUGUGCAGUAUGGCUUGGAUGAAGCCCAGCCACUCCUGAAGACAUUAGUUUGUGAAGCAGAGUGCACAACUUUAAAACAUUUCUCUACCCAUGGUCCUGGUGAUGAGAACAAGCAAGAAGAGUGUGGUGUGUAUAUUAAAACCUCAAACACUUCUGCAGAGUCCUACGUGGUACCUGGGAAGAGGAAGGGUGAGGAGGUGAUGCGCGGGGCCAAGCGCCAGCGAGCGGAGCACAGCGCCGAGCACCCCGCCUUCUACUACAACGUGCACCGGCACAGCAUCCGCGGCAUGAACAUGCCAAAGUUGAACAAGUUCCUGAACUACCUGUCCGAAGCUGGGUACAGGGUGAGCCGCACCCACUUCGACCCCAUGGGGGUGCGCACCAACGCGCCCCUGGCGCAGUUCAAGACUGUCCUCAUGAAGUACAGCACCCCCACGUACACGGGGGGGCAGGCAGAAGGGCCUGUCCACCUCCCUGGAGAUGUCCAAGUGGAAGAAGAGGUUCCAGCUGCUGCAGAUACCAAGGAAGAAGAUGCUGAGUUUCCAGAAGAAGAUAAAUCCGGAGUCGCUGAAGCCGUUUCCACACCAUCCUACCCCACUGACUGUGCAGCUGAUUAAUGUGGAUAGUUUUGUUCAUGCAUCAGGAUGUUCCAGACUCGAACACACCCCAUUCCAGUGAGCUACUCCUUCUUCCCAAACUGCAGUUUGAACAUUUCAGCUGCCCGUUUUACUUUGAAGGGGCAUUUUAGACUUAUGUAGCAAAACUUAGCCCUCAUCCCAGCCUGGCUACAGUCAUGGAACUGUGCAAAGGUCUUGGAGAGUUACCUGCUUUUACACUCCCAUGCCCUUCACACUGAGGCUGCUCCCCUGUCUGGUCAAGCCCUACUGCCAGCACAGCAUCCAGGAGGGUGGACAGGGCCAAAAGUCUUCAGCAGUUUGGAUGUGAGGUGGAAGUGAAACAGCAUGUUCCUAAAAAGCAUCACUCCUAAAACGUGGCUGGUUACAAUCCAGAGGGAGGGCAUGCUAAGGUAAGAAUGUACCACAGGAUAAAAUGCAAAGUGAGUUGAAGACAGGAAUUCCUGCCUGGGUGCACCUGGAGCUCCAGGCUGCACAUGGAACUGUGUUCAGGUCCCUUUCCAUAGCCCUGCUCCAGGGGAGAAGGGAAGGAAGGUGACAUGACUGCUACUGAAACUCCAGUGUAUAACCAAACCUUAGUGAAUUGUGUAGUCACUUUAGGUAGUUGUUUGCUCAGAGGUCACACUGGUUGUGUGCUGCAGAAAGGUACAGGGACGAGGGACCACAGCUGACAUUCAGGUGAAGUUCUGCCAUGAGUUUGUCAAUAAUAAACCUUAGGUGAGAAAAAUCUCUUCUGUGAACGAGCAGAGGUGCUGUGUGUUGGCAGUGGGUUCUGGUUUCUUUAAAUACAUGGCAGCAUUCCAGCCAAACAAG